AUGCUGGCUAACAACAUGGGGUAUCGUUUCAUGGUACAUGGAGCUAUGAUUCCAAGUGGCAACAGAAUGUUGUCAGGCUACAAGCCUAAAAGAAACGUCAAGGAGUCAUACAAAAUUCUUGAGCUUGAGGAAGAUUGUUCCAUUGAUGAUGUCAGAAACUCAUAUCGAAGUCUUGCCAAAAAAUACCAUCCAGACAGCGGUUCGGCCACAGCUGAUUCCGAAGCAUUUAUGAAAGUAGAGGAAGCAUACAGAGUGGUGCUCAGUGACGUGGCAAACAAAAAGAAAUCAAACGAGAAUAAUGAAGAGGAGGAAGACCAGUUCAAACCAAAAGCACCGCAGCAUAGACACUACUUGAGUUUUGAAGGCGUUGGGUUUGGAACACCAAGCCAAAGAGAAAAGCAAUACAUGCAGUUUCGAGUAGACCGUGCUACUGAACAAGUGCUGGAGUACCGGAAGCAGAGGCAUGAAAGCCAGUGUGCAGUGACUGACCCGAUGAAAGCCAUAGAUGUGAGGGAGAGCAAAAAGGUGAAAAUAACUCAGGCAGUUGAACGGUUGGUUGAGGACCUCAUCCAGGAAUCGAUGGCAAAAGGAGACUUCGACAACCUCAGUGGGAAAGGAAAACCUUUGCAGAAGUUUUCAGACUGUCCACAUAUCGACCCUAUGACUCACAACUUGAACAGGAUUCUGAUAGACAAUGGGUACCAGCCAGAGUGGAUCCUGAUGCAGAAAGAAAUACGGGAAACUAUUGAGCGGUUACGGAAGAAUAUAGUGGCAUCUAGAAGUAAUCUUGGAGGGCCAAUGACACCAUAUAGGCAAAAGCAAUGGAAUCGUAUUUGUGAGCAAUUCACGGAAGAUAUCAGGAAAUUAAACAAAAGAAUUGACAACUUCAAUUUAGUUGUUCCUCUUCUGACCAGACAGAUGGUGCACUUCAGUGCAGAAAAAGAAAUUGAUCGAGCACAGAAGACUUAUGAAGCCUUGAUGGAGAACAGAGAGGCUUCUGAUUCAGAAACAAAGCAAAAUGAAGAGGAAAAUGUUGAAAGGUUUGGGUGGAAGUCUUCUCUAUUUAAGUGGUUAAACCUUACAUUGAAAUAA